UUCCACGGUGUAUGGAAAUUUGACACUGAGUGCUAUAAAAAGUAUGGAAAAAUAUGGGGGUUGUUUGAUGGUCAUACACCUGUGUUAGCUAUCACAGACACAGAGAUGAUCAAGAAUGUACUAGUGAAAGAAUGCUAUUCUGUCUUCACAAACAGAUGGGAUUUUGGCCCAGUGUGGAUUAUGAAUAAGGCCAUCUCCAUGUCUAAGGAUGGGGAUUGGAAGAGAAUGCGAGCCUUGCUGUCUCCUGCCUUCAUGAGUGGAAAACUCAAAGAGAUGUUCCCCAUCAUUGAACAGUAUGGAGAUAUUUUGGUAAAGUACUUGAGAAGAGAGGCAGAGAAAGGCAAGCCUAUCACCAUAAAAGAAGUGUUUGGGGCCUACAGCAUAGAUGUGAUCACAAGCACGUCAUUUGGUGUGAAUGUUGAUUCCCUCAACAACCCAAAGGACCCUUUUGUGGAAAAGGCCAGGAAGCUAAUAAGAUUUGAUUUUUUUAACCCAUUAUACAUGUCAGUAGUACUCUUUCCAUUCCUCACCCCAAUAUAUGAGAAGUUAAAUGUCUCCAUAUUCCCAAAGGAUUCAAUAGCAUUUUUCAAAAAUUUCAUGGACAGAAUGAAGGAAAAUCUCCUGGAUUCUAAACAGAAGCACCGAGUGGAUUUUCUUCAGCUGAUGAUGAAUGCUCAUAAAAAUUGCAAAGACAAAGAGUCUCAUAAAGGUAAACAAGGGCUCUCUGGACUAUGGACAAGGAAGCUCUCAAGCAGUGGUCAGGCCACUCAGAAAAUGUAUGGGAAGGUUUUCUAGCAGAAGAAUGCCUCU